CUCUCUGUAGAUUCCCAGGGGCUCCUGAGAGCAACAAGGAAACUACAGAUCAGGGUGGGGGUGUGUCUGUGCAGAUCAGAGGGGUGUGUGGUUAUCUGACCUGAGGGGGCAGGGCGUGUGUGUGUGUGUGUGUGUGUGUGUGUGUCUGUUUGUCUGUCCGUCCUUGGGAAGGAUUCAUAGAAACAGGCAGGGAGGAGAGGAAUUGGAGUAAAAUCUUAGGAAAGUCAAAUUGAAUUCAAAUCAUUUCACUAUAACAAACUCUUAUUUGGGGAAACUUAGUGCCUGGGGAGAGAUACGCAGCAGGCGACCAAGAAAUGCUUGCAAAUGAAUGAAUGAACUGUAUACCUCGGCCUUUCUGAUGUGUCCUUCCCCCCUCCCCCAUAAGUUCACUCUCUCCUUCCUUCCCUGCCCCCAGCCCCCAUUCCCCAUUCAUUUCAUUAACUUGCUGAGCCGCCAAAGGGCAGCUCUGCCCGCAUGCACCUUGAUGCUGAUCAGCCAGCCAAGUCCUUGUUCCCAGAGAGCUGCUUGGCUGGAAAUAGCCGGUUCUAACUUGUGACUCCCUGAGCAGGACAGGACUGAGGCCACUUCGGGGGAAUCCUUGGAAAACCUCAGGGGCAGGAUGAUCUGAUUUGGCCUUGAGGGAUGGAGAUUCAAAAAAGUGUGGAGAGGGUGGUUAGAGGUAGAGGGUGGGUGUGUGUCUGAGUGUGGAUAAGGACCUGUGGCAAAGAGGUAGGAGAGUUUGUUUGCCCUGAGGACCCCACGCUGGAUUGAUGGCGAGGCCUGGGAAGACGUGCUGGCCAUCAGCCUGCAGCCCUAAGAGGCUUGGAGCUUUUGAAGGGCUUUUAAGUAGGUGAUAGGGUCAGUGUUGGCUCUGUGGAGUGGACUAGAGGCAGGGAAAGAUCAUUUAGGAGGUCGUGGCGGAAAGAUCAUGGCAAAAGGUGCAAGGAAAAGGUGGCUUGGGUACAGCAGUGGCUGUCAGGGGAGGGGAGGAACAGGUCACUCUAGACAUUUAGAGGAAGAACUGAUGGGGCUUGAUGGCAGUUUGGAUGUGAGGGGUGAGGGUGUCACUCGGUUAUCUGUAUUAAAGAAUAGGACAGAAUACUUCCCUACACCAAGUGCUUCCUUAUAGGUACUUCCCUAGCCUGGCUACUCUGUCCAGGGACUCCUCUGAUUCAGGUGCUCCACCUGCAGAUGCUGCCCAGCCCAGGUACUUCCUGGGCUGUCUCUCCCCAGGUACUUCCCAACGUUGGAGUUCUUCCUCCAGCUCUGCUGCAGGUCCAGGUGGGCCUCCCCACAUGCCUUUGAUUCAGGUGCUCCUCCAGCUAUUCCCCUCACCUGGGUGCUCCUCUGGCAAGUUCCCUGCCCAGGUGGCCCUCAUCUGUAACCUUUCCUGACUCAGGAGGCCCUUGCUGGAAUAGUUAGUCUCUGGCAUGAUCCUCCCUCUGGGGGCAGUGUGGGCCUUCUGUGGGUGGAGAUGAGUAGAGGGGGUUUGCUGGAAAGCUUGAGGGCAGAGGUGUGGCAGCAGUGGUACGGGGAGCAGAGGUUCAGGGCUGCCCUGGCUAUGUCUGGAGCCCCUAACCUGGGUAGGGUAAGGGGGUAUUGGCCUUCUCAUGUGGUCUGCCUGUGUCUAGGUAGCUCCAAACAACUGCUCUUGUCCAACCUUUGGGAGCCACGAACAGCCUCUGCCUCCAUGUCCCAUCCUUAGCCAAAUAGCAUAGCAGACUGGGCUGUGGUGUCAGAGACCUGGGUUCAAAUUCUAGGGCUUUGAUUGAGUUAGUUUUUGGACCUCGGCAUCCUCUUCUGUAAGGUGGAGAUGAUGUUCAUACCCUUAGGAACGUACAACCAGUUUCUGCAUACUCGGCUUGUUUCUUCUGUGGACAAGUGAUGUGGACAGAGGCAUAGGCCUCUGGCAGAGGUUGAGGCUCACUGAUGUCAUCAGGCCCUUCCAUGAAUGGGACAAACCAAACCCCUGUGGAGCCCUCGAAGCUCCCCGCAGUAAUAUCCACGACCCCUGGACUGGGCACUGGGGGCCGGGCGUGGCCUGUGCUGGUAGGGGUUGUUCUGGGGGCUGUGGUCUUCUCUGUGCUCCUUGCACUUGCUGCCAAAUUCCAUGUCUGCCGUCGCUACUAUGCCAGCUACCGACACCGCCCACUGCCCAGAACAGGAAAUGGGAACCGCCCAGAGGUGGGUGAAGAUGAGGAUGAUGAUGGUUUCAUUGAGGACAAUUACAUUCAGCCUGGGGCUGGUGAGCUGGAGACAGAGGGGAGCAGGGACCGCUUCUCCCUCUGAGCCCUGAUCUUUGGCAGUUUUAAGGACAGCCGAUGCUAAAUAGGAGCCUCAAGCCUCAGGGACAGAGGGGACAAUGACUUAAAUGUUGACCAAGAGUAGUGCAAUUCUCUCCUUCCUGACACUAGCCACAAGUGACAAUGACCUUCUCUUGCUCAAUAACUCUAAAUGACUCCCUGCUGUACCUGGAAAAAGCCUAACAACCCUAUGAGUAUGGAGAAAAGGCCCUCUGUGACCGGCCUCCGUGGACCUCUUGUUUCCUCUUUUGCCUUCCCCUACUUAACUCCCUUCUUAAUUAGAUGAAGUUUUUGCUCAGGUUGUUCCUCAGCCUGGGCUGCCGUACCCUUCUCUAAGUCCCCUCUGAUAAUUCUAGCCCACAGGCCCUCUAUGGCCUGCUUGCCUACCUGCCAGCAUUUCAGAUGUGCCCAGAUGGUGCAUUUGAGCAGGUGAAAUCAGUACCAAGUUUCCUAAUGAAUAUAUUUCGUAUCAAUAAAGUGGGUGAUCUGGUUGUAAUAUAUUGUUUUUCACAGGAAUUAAUAAAUCUGUUUUCAUUUUGGAUAAACAUAAAAA